AAACACAAGUUCCGAUUGGUGAGCUAUGUUCAAGCAAACCUGCUCCGACCUGACCAAGUUGCCGAAGCAACGGGUUCGCCAGUGGCUGUCGUCCUUUGAGUCCGUGAUCUGCGAUGCGGACGGAGUCCUUUGGCACUUUGCGAAGGAAAUCGAGGGGGCGGUGGAGACGUAUAAUCACUUAAAAUCUACCGGUCGAAAUACCUUUAUUGCGACGAACAAUUCGGAGACUUCGCGAAAGGAUGUGGUCAAUAAGGCUAAGAGUUUUGGCAUUCAGAUCGAGGAGGAAAGUGUUCUGACUUCGUCAUACUCAUGUGCCAAUUUCCUGGCUACCAAGAAGUUCCAGAAGAAAGCGUUCGUCAUGGGCGAGAAUGGGAUUCAUUAUGAGCUGGAAAAUCUGGGCAUUUGUUCGGCCAAAGUUUCGGAGACUCUGGAGAGACCCAUUCAUGAGUUCGUGGCCGAUCUGAAACUGGAUCCAGAUGUGGGGGCAGUGGUUGUGGGUCGCGAUGAGGGCUUCAACAUGGCCAAGGUGGUGCGUGCCGGCACUUAUCUGCUAAAUCCGAGCAUACUAUUCCUGGGCACUUGCCUGGAUGCCGCCUAUCCCAUUGGCAAUAAUCGAGUGAUUGUCGGCGCCGCAGCCACCUUGGCGGCGGUGAAAGCUUUCACUGGUCGAAAGCCACUGGUGCUGGGAAAACCCAAUCCCUGGAUGGCGGCUUCACUUUUGCACUCCGGUGUCAUCAAGCCGGAGACCACCUUGAUGGUGGGAGACACACUUGAGACCGAUAUUCGGUUCUCGGCGAACUGCAAGUUUCAAUCCCUGAUGGUCGGCAGUGGUGUUAACAGCCUGAAGGAUGUGCAGAAGAUCGUCGAGGAGGGCGACCCUAAAAAGAUGGACCUGGUGCCGGAUACCUAUCUGCCAAGUUUUGGCCACUUGAUGGAGUUCCUCGGCUAGACCCCGCAUACAAAUUGUAAAUUAUCAUUGGCCAACGGCUUCUUCAUAAAAUCAAUACCACCAA